AUGGUCGGAGCAGCUCGUCCAGACCAUAGCCUCGGCGAGAUAGGGAACGAGGAAGAAAAGUACCCUCUCAACAAGAGGAAUGAUUCCUCUCUCUCCCUCUGUCAGCAACAUGAUCUCAAAGCUCAAGAAGAAGACGAGGAUGAUGACGAGGCAACGGCGUCUUGGGCGACUAUGCCAAAGAAACGGCAGCUCGCCCUCUUAACAUUUGCACGGUUUUGUGCAGCUCUGAUUGACGGUAGCCGGCAGAGCUACAUCAUUUUCCAGCUCAAAUCAUUCAGACUCCCGGAUGGCUCUGCGCCCAGUGCCGCUACCCUGGCAUUCCAAGUCUCCGUCCUGGGGUUCGCUACCGCCGUCCCUCAGCUUGUCAUGUCGACUGUGUGGGGUAUACUGGCCGAUUCCCCCCGCGUAGGACGCAAGCGUGUUAUAUUGAUCGGCCUCGUUGUGAGCGGUAUAGGGAGUCUAUCGCUUGGAUUCACCACCAGCUUCAUGGGGGUUAUCGCGUGCCGCUUUCUCGUUGGCAUGGCGGGCGGCAACAAGAGCGUGAUGCGUGCCAUGAUCAAGGAGAUUAGCGGAGACAAGUUUGAGUCUCGGGCCGUGUUACUGCUUCCAACGGCCUUUAACGUUGCGUCUGUAGUCGGGCCGCUGUUGGGUGGAUUGCUGGCAGACCCUGCCGCAACAUAUCCGGGUGCGUUUGGACCAAGAAGCUCCUUGGGCCGGUGGUUACAGAGAUGGCCAUAUGCGGUACCAAACAUGUUCAACGCCAUGAUCAGUAUUUCGUGUGCCAUAUUGAUGGCUUGUCUACUCGAGGACACGUAUCGAGACGUGAAACGCCGGUCUGCAUCAAUCAUACCCGAUUGGGCCAAAAAGUUCUUCAGACGGAGGUCCCAGCAGGCCUAUGAGAGAGUUGCUGCGGAUGAGCAUCUUGAGAUGGACGACCAAGGACCGAAUGCAUCGCCCAAAGCUGAAGCUGAAAUCAAAACUCCUGCUCCCGUCAGCAUCUGGACACGACGUUUGGGUAUAACGCUCCUCGCUCGAGGGCUGAUGACGAUGCACAUCGGCACCUAUCCGACUCUCCUGAUGAUAUUUAUAUCGACUCCUCGCUACAACCCGGACAGCGGCUCAUCAGGGAAAACGGAUAACGGCGCCCUGUCGGUCCCGCCCAACUACCACCCACAUGCGCCCUUCGUCUUUACUGGAGGCCUCUCCUUCAAACCAAGUGAUAUCGCUACGGCCCUUGCUAUUCGAGGCAUCGUAGGCCUGUUGCUCCAGCUACUGUUCUUCCCGUACCUCAAGCGAGUCUUUGGCACCGUCAGGCUAUAUCGGUACACCCUCCUGGUCUUCCCGAUAACCUAUUUCGUCACUCCGUACUGGGCUACCGUUUCGUCGACGACAUUGCCACCUUUGCCGUCUGCUGGAGUUACGCUCUGGAUUUUCAUUUCGGUCAUCUUGGCCAUCCAGUCAACGGCUCGUUCCUUUGCUCUCCCUUCAGCUAGCAUGCUCCUCAACGCCGCAAGUCCAGGCCGCUCGUCGCUUGGCACCGUCAAUGGUCUCGGCCAGAGCGUUUCAUCGGCAGCCAGAACAGUAGGGCCAUUGCUGAACGGCUGGAUGUACGGUGUAGGACUUAGAAACGGCGUCGUGGGCACUGCCUGGUGGGUUUUGGCUGCUGUGGCCGUUUCGGCUGCUGUGGCUAGUGCUUGUCUGACACCCGAGAAGAAUACCGGAGAGAAGCGCAAGUCUAUGCAGACCGAACCUUAG